AUGCCACCCAAAAUGAGAAAUUGUAUAACUUCAAAGAAAAGGAGAAUGAACAAUCCAGAAAAACCUCCUCAUUUGCCCGACUCAACCGCUCCCCCUCCAGCAGCCUCAAUCGUUUCUCCUCCAGCAGCCUCAAUCGCUUCUCCUCUUCCUGAAACAAUCACAUCUCCUCCGCCAGUAGCAAUGGGUGAAGCAACUCCGCCUCAUUUACCAUCAGAAAUCUCUCCUCCUCGGCCAACGUCAAACGAAGAACAGCUUAAUCCUCCAUGGCUACCACAGGAUAAUGAUGAGGAUACUCAACCAAUACAUCCAGAGUUUUACUUAGAGCAAAGCAAUUAUACAAAGUGUUGUAAGUUAUCAUCAAGGUCCGAGGAGAACAAAACCAUAGUUGAGUUAGAGAAAAUCCUUGGGGAAGAUCAGAAACAAGAGAAGAGGUUGAUGAAGCUUCAGCAGAAACUGGAGAAGAUGGUGGUGAGAUGGUUGGUGAAGCUUCAGCAGAUGCAGUAGCAGGAAAUGAGGAGGUGACUGGUGAAGAAGAUGAAGCAGAAACUAGAGAAGAGGCUGAUGCUAUAAGCGAUGACUGGACGUUGCAGAUUUGUAUUAAGAAGAUGAAGAGAACAAGCCAACCUUCAAAAUACUUGAAGAGUCCGUAUACAAAGGGAAAGAGGGGAAAGAAGAAAGUAUGAACCUGAAAGUGAAUCAUAGUUCUGUGUGCUUUUUUUGUAAUGGAUUUGG